CCAUCCAAUCCUGCGAGCACCCGAUCAUCAAAACCAAACUGCGCACCGAUUGUUGAUCACCCUCGGUCCAAUUUUGGCCUUCCAAAUCCAAUCGAUCGCCCGCCUAGCCAAGAAUUUGAGUUCAAGAUGGGCAACUGUUUCCACACAGCGCAAGGUCGUCGCGGUGUCGACACCAAGAAGAGCGCGGUGCCGGAGGAGGAGGAGGAAGUUACUCCGCCGGUGAAGGAGGUGAAGAUCAGGAUCACGAGGAAGCAGCUGGAGGACCUGCUGCGGCGCCUCGACCAGGAGGACGGCUGCAGCGGCGCCGUCAUCUCGGAGCUCCUCUGCAUGACGAGCAGCUCCAAUUUCCGGCACAGGGGGCAGACCGCACAGUGGACGCCGGCGCUGCAGAGCAUACCGGAGUGAGAAUUCAUCCUCCUGCCGCUACAUACAUAUUGCUAGUUAUACGGGCGGUGUAUUUAGUUAGUCAACUACUGGUGUGCUAGUGUAUUAUUGUCAUUAUAAAUCCUGCUCGGAACGCACAAAUUGUGACGAUCCUUCA